CGAAUGCUUUCGAUUGUAGUGCAUGUUCCGUAUUGCCGAACUUCGUAAUCGCUUUUAACUUGUUGUACAACUGUUAAUUCAUAUUUGUUCAUACACCAGUUCUUGCACCAGUGGAAAUGAAACGAGCGCAACCAUCUUUUUUGAAUGCCCAUGAAAACAGCGUAGAUCGUCGCCAACGACCCCGUCCGAUCAGUCGCGUUAAUCUGGAGGCAUUAAUGGAUGAACGACAAUCGGUUGUCUCUUUACCCCAGGGAGCGUCUGCAGCGUUCUACGAAAUGGACGAGCACACGGAGGAAGAGCUUGAGGAGACGAACGAUGUGAUCGAGUCAAAGGAGGACGAAAGGAUUAAGGUGUGCUUGCGGUUGCGUCCGUAUACGAAACCGAGCAGUGGUCGCAUCGUUUACAAAAUUGCCGAAAAUACGCUUGUCACUCGUGGUCCCACGGAUAUUUCCACGACAAACGAGAAACACUACACAUUUAGCCAUGUGUUUGAUGAAACGGUUUCGCAGGACGAGGUGUACGACAUUUGCAUUCGGCCAAUGGUUCGUCCCGUUUUAGGCGAAACAGGUGCAACUUUUCUCACCUACGGCACGUCUGGGUCGGGCAAAACGUACACUUUGCUUGGCAGCGAACUUCAGCCCGGUAUUGUGCCACGAUCGAUUGAGCAGAUUUACGAGGAAUUGUCUGGAUACGUUUCCGCCGAACCAAGCCUCAAGGUGGAGAACAUGAAGCCCGUUCCUUUAACCGACCAGGCGGUACUGGAAGAGCUACAGAAGUUAAACUUGGUUAAAAGUCGAUUGCAAUGUGCGGAAGAAUGCCACCAGGCAAUGAGCGAAAUGAUCCAAAACCAGCAGCAAUUUCAGCGACUAGAAAUGGGCGAUAGGCGAGUCUUCAUUUGGAUUUCGUUUGUUGAAAUCUACAAUGAAAACGUGUACGAUUUGCUGAAUCUGGACGAAGACUUUAGGAAACGUAGACCGCUAAAGGUUCUCUCCAACGAUGGGAAUGCCUAUAUCAAAGGCUUGUCCACGUUGUACGCGGGCAGCAAGGAGGAUGCCUACAAUUUGCUCCAGUACGGAUUGCAGUGUGCCACUUACGGAGCAACGGAUGUGAACAGUAAUUCUAGCCGGUCGCACAGUAUUUUCACGAUGACUGUGAUUACCUACUCGUUUUCAACCCAACAUAUCGCACAGUCCGUGUACAAAUUCUGCGAUCUGGCUGGGUCGGAAAGGCAGAAAAAAACAGGAAACAUGGGUGAGCGUUUGAAGGAAGCUCAGAAAAUAAAUAAUUCGCUGCUCGUGCUUGGACGGUGCCUGGAGACGGUGCAUAAAAACCAGAAAACUAGGAAAGUGCAAGAUUUGGUCCCAGUUCGUGACUCGAAGCUCACGAUGAUCCUCCAGUCGGCACUGCUGGGCAAGGAACCGAUGAUCAUGAUCGUUAACCUGUACCCUACGGAGGAGUUUUACGAUGAGAAUAUUAAUGUGCUCAACUUUUCGUCCAUUGCCAAGGACAUUGUCAUUAAGAAGGAGCCGAAGAUGGUGAAAGGUUCCCGUGGCACAAGGUAUUCGUUUUUCCUGCAGCAAGCGUUAACCAACACCAGCUCUGGAGUGGAUACAAGUCGUCUGUUGAAAGAAUACGAUGACUUAAAAAUAAUGAAUGAAACUUUGAUGGCUGAGGCUGCACAGAAAGACGCCCAAAUUUCGUAUCUGCAGAAAAAACUAGCGGUUCAAGAGUUUCAAUUGCGUGACGAGCUGACCAACAAGUUUGCGCAGCACUUCAACAAAAUGGAAGAGUCCUGCGAAGUGCGUAUCGGAACCGAGCGAUCACUGGCAACAUUGCCGUAUAAGCACAAGGUGGCUCAAUUGGAGGCAAAGCUAGCUGCAAAAACUCAACUAAUUAUGGACCUAGAAGAAGAACAAGAGGAGUACGAAAAGAAACUGCAAGCCUACGAGGAAGAAUUACAAAAACAUCGUACUGUGCAGAGCCGCUUUAGGCGAUUAUCGUUGUGAUCGUUGUCUUUUACUAUAACAUUAAACUAUUUUUACGAAAACUAUUACAAUCAGUA